CGAAGAGGGAGGGCCGCGGCAGUCCUCCGGCGAGUGUUCAGUGUCACAAUGCGGCGGAAUUUAAAAAUAAUGUUCCUCCUUGGAGGUGCGUGGAUGUUAGUGCUGUUCUAUUACAUGCAACCGGAGCUGUCACAGAGCAAGGAAGAAAACAUAGCACUAAGACUGAUUAAACAACACGCAGAAGUAGAAGAACCUGAAAGUAGUCCUGCAUCUGAGGAAUACGGCACCGGGAGUACUGGGAGAUACUUCGAUGAGGGGGGAUAUAUAGCUGGCGGGGCGAAGGACAUUGAUCCGUAUGUUCGGAACAGAUUCAACCAGGCCGCAUCUGAUGCACUCCCCAGCAAUAGAGCAAUCCCUGAUACUAGAAAUGCCAUGUGUCGAUUGAAGAAAUAUGGAGAGGACCUCCCACAGACUAGUGUCAUUAUUACAUUCCACAACGAAGCGAGGUCGACACUCCUGCGCACAAUUGUCAGCGUCCUGAAUCGCAGUCCAGAGCAUCUCAUUAAGGAAAUUAUCCUCGUUGACGACUUCAGUGAUAACCCUGACGAUGGCGCGUCGUUGCGAGCGAUACGGAAAGUUCAAGUGAUAAGGAACACCAAGCGGGAAGGUCUAAUGCGGUCGAGGGUCAGAGGAGCUGACGCAGCCACGGCUCCGGUCCUCACCUUCCUGGACUCGCAUGUGGAGUGCAAUGUCCACUGGCUGGAGCCCUUACUGCAGAGGAUUAAAGAGGAGCCAACGCGAGUGGUUUGCCCCGUGAUAGACGUGAUCAGCAUGGACACUUUCCAGUACAUCGGCGCGUCGGCCGACCUACGCGGCGGCUUCGACUGGAACUUAGUAUUCAAGUGGGAAUAUCUGUCUCACUCCGAACGCAGCGCUCGUCUGAGUGAUCCAACCCAAGUAAUCCGCACCCCAAUGAUAGCUGGAGGCCUCUUCAGCAUGGACCGGGCAUACUUUAAUAAGUUGGGGAAAUACGACAUGAAGAUGGACGUGUGGGGAGGAGAGAACCUAGAAAUAUCAUUCAGAGUAUGGCAAUGUGGUGGCUCUUUGGAAAUAGUACCAUGUUCACGAGUGGGCCACGUAUUCCGGAAGAGACACCCAUACACGUUCCCUGGAGGUUCCGGGGCUGUCUUUGCGAGGAACACCAGAAGAGCUGCCGAAGUGUGGAUGGAUGAUUACAAAGAGCUGUAUUAUCGGUCCCAGCCGCUGGCAAAGCAAGUGGAAUUUGGAGACAUAUCAGAAAGAAAAGCGCUGAGGGAGAAACUGCACUGCAAGCCAUUUAAGUGGUACCUGGAGCAUGUGUAUCCUGAACUGCAGGUUCCGGUUCAUUCUGGUGGUUACCACAGCAUACGCCAAGGAGACAGGUCUCUAUCCAUGUCACAACACAGGUGGUAACCAGGAAUGGCUGUUCGACAGCGGGCUGAUAAGGCACCACACACUCUGCAUCUCAAUAUCGAGCGACGAUAGGGUGACACUUAUCCUAUCGCCCUGCGAUCCAUCUGAUGAAGCUCAACAGUGGGAAAUGAAAAACUUCGUGAUCAAACACGCGCAUUUACAUGCCUGUAUAAACUCAGACAAACCUACUUUGUAUCUCGAUAAAUGUGAUAGGAAUAAACUAAGUCAAGUUUUUAUGUA